UGACCUGCCUUUAUCCUUCUCUUCUCCUUGCCAGAUACACUCGUGUGCUUCUCUCUCUCUCUCUCAUACUCUUCACUUUGCAUUGUGAUCAUACUCUCGACUUCAUGAUGGCUCUCUUCAUCACCAUUGCCCUCCUCUCCAUACCUCUCGUCGCCGCCGCCCUCCUCCUCCUCCGUGCCUCUCUCCGCCGCCGCCUCCUCCCCCUGCCGCCGGGGACCCUCGGGCUGCCGCUCGUUGGCGAGACCCUCCAGCUCAUCUCCGCCUACAAGACCGAGAACCCGGAGCCCUUCAUCGACGAGAGGGUGGGCCGGUUCGGGACCCUCUUCACCACCCACGUCUUCGGCGAGCCCACGGUCUUCUCCGCCGACCCGGAGACCAACCGGUUCAUACUGCAGAACGAAGGGAGGCUGUUCGAGUGCAGCUAUCCGGGCUCCAUCGCCAACCUGCUCGGGAAGCACUCGCUGCUGCUCAUGACGGGCGGGCUGCACAAGAGGAUGCACUCCCUCACCAUGAGCUUCGCCAACUCCUCCAUCAUCAGGGACCACUUGCUCGUCGACAUAGACCGGCUCGUCCGGCUCAACCUCCGCUCCUGGUCGGACCGGAUCUUGCUCAUGGAGGAGGCCAAGAAGAUAACAUUCGAGCUUAUGGUGAAGCAGCUGAUGAGUUACGAUCCCGGAGACUGGACGGAAAGCCUGAGAAAGGAGUACGUCCUCGUCAUCGAAGGCUUUUUCACCCUCCCCUUUCCCCUCUUCUCCACCACCUACCGCCGCGCCAUCCAGGCGAGGACAAAAGUGGCGGAGGCAUUGACUUUGGUGGUGCGACAGAGGAGGAAAGAGAGCGAGAUGGGCGCCAAGGAGGAGGACAUGCUGGGGGCCCUGCUGGCCGGAGACGGCGGCGGUUCCUCCGACGAGGAGAUCGUGGACUUCCUGGUGGCCCUGCUCGUCGCUGGCUACGAGACCACCUCGACCAUCAUGACCCUCGCCGUCAAGUUCCUCACCGAGACGCCCCUCGCCUUGGCCCAACUCAAGGAAGAGCAUGAGAAAAUCAGGGCAAAUAAGAAUCGAUCCGAGGGGCUAGAGUGGAAUGACUACAAGUCCAUGCCUUUCACACAAUGUGUGAUCAACGAGACGCUGCGGGUCGCAAACAUUAUAAGCGGGGUAUUCCGGCGAACAAUGGCGGACGUCCAAAUAAAGGGUUAUACGAUUCCAAAGGGAUGGAAGGUCUUUGCUUCGUUUCGGGCUGUUCAUCUGGACCAAGAAUACUUCAAAGAAGCUCGCACUUUCAAUCCUUGGCGGUGGCAGAGUAACGGGCCGUCGAGCAAUGCGGUUAAUGUCUACACACCGUUCGGAGGAGGGCCGAGGCUGUGCCCGGGAUAUGAACUUGCGAGAGUAGAGAUCGCCGUCUUCCUUCACCACCUAGUCACUAGUUUCAGUUGGGCUCCAGCUGAAGAAGAUAAGCUGGUGUUCUUCCCGACCACCCGGAUGCAGAAGCGAUAUCCCAUCAAUCUCCAGAGGCGGAACAUGUCCUUGUAAAAUAUAAGAAUCGGCAAACUCCUUCGGAGGUCAAAUCAAUUGAUUAAUAAACUUGGGUUGUAGAUCAGGGCGGGGAAAUGGGAUCAUAUGUGAAAGUAUGUACAUAUGCAGCAAAAACAAUAUUUUGCAGCCUUGUGCAAGCAUGUAUUUUCAGAAUUUGGCAAUUCAUUUGCACAUAUCGAAUUUGAAUACUCUACUUAA